AUGGCCAAACGCAAGUACACUCUACAGAUAGCCGAUGGCAUGAGCGUGGAUAUCAACAUCGAGCGCAAACGAACCGAGGGGAACGUGAGGGUCUACACGGCCGCGGAGGCGAUACAGGAGAAGGAGAGGAAGGCGGCGGAAAGGGAGCGAGUUCGCGAAGAGAAGAAGGCAAGGCUCUUGAAAGAGCGCAAGGCGAAGGAAGAUGAGAGGAACGAGAAGAAAAUCGCUGAGAUCCUGGCAUUGGCUGACGAGACCCGGCAGAUGAUUCGUGAGAUGAGAGAAGUGGUCGAGCAGAUCGAUUCGGAAGAAGUUCUCCUGAAGGACAAAGUCGCCGGUCUGUUCAAACUCAUGAGGUGCGCUAUGUACGAGUCGGACGAGAUCGAAGUGGAAGAGGUUCCCGAGUUUCUGGAUAGGUGCACGCUGUGCGGAACGGCCAAAUCCCUGCACGAAGUCUUUCUCGCCUUGGACGAUGAGCUGCAUCCGGCGUGGAUGUGCCUAUCUUGUCGGACCGGGCUGGCUCGAUCAGUGGCCUUUGAUGAAAGGCUGACGAUGGUGAGGCAGGAGAGACGGAGGAUCCUGGAAGAACUCAUGGGAAGAGACGAUCCUCUACUCAAGGGCAUUUACCUGACCUUUUCGGAGAUAUUCGACAAGAUGCAAGAGAACAGCCGGAGAAUGACUGCAGCCGAAGAGGCAGAGGAGAAAAAGGUGGACGCGAGGGUUUCUCAGUUGGCCAAGUGGGACAAGGUGGAAAGCAAACUACCGACAUAUGAGUCGCUCAAGGCGUUAUCUACCCUUACUGAGCAGCUUCCAAAGAUGAGAAACCAGCUCGAACCAGUGGAAUCCACAUACAUGCAAUUUUUCUCCGAGAAGUACGAAGACAAGCUCAUUAAGAAGAGCGUUGCCAAUCGUAUCUCGGCCAGCAAGAGGAGGUGCGACGUCGUCGUCGAGACUCUGCGCAGAAUCGAAGAGAACGGAGGGGAGACAUUAGGAGACGACCUCGCAGGGAUGGUCCUGAGGGAGAUAGAGAGACAGUCGAUGAGGGAGACAUACGUAAAUGCAGUUGCUAAGGAGAGGAAGAGGGCUAGGGAGAGGUCUGCGACGGGAAAUCCUAAUCCCUCAUGA